AUGACACUCGGAAGACUAGACAUCGACGGCGUCUACCGCAUGCGUCAAAGCACGCACGUGCAUCUCCGAGACAGUGCUAGCAGGUACAGACACUGGCAAGACUGGACAUUCGGCAAGGUUGACAACAUUGAAAAUCCGAAAAAGAUUAUACUCUGGGACAAGGUGGUGCAGAAGCUCGCGGCAGGAGUCGGCAGUGGCGCAGAGACGGCGGCGGGUGGUCGAUCAGAGAUUGGUUACCAAAAGAGGAUCGGUGCAGAGCUCGUCGCUGUCUGCCAUUGCUUGCGGAAGCCGAUAGCAACGGGGUAG